GUAUGCUAUUGGCUACGGACAUCACUUAGUUCUUAUUUAGUUUUCAAAAUCGGGAUUGAAAAUAAGCGCCAAUAAUUGUUUAAAUUAUUGACAGUGUUGAACAAAUAGAACUCACAAUCAGAUAGCCAAUUGACUUCUACAAGUGCUUUGCGUUUACAAACAGAUGAAUGACAAUUUAUUUGACUACUGGAAUGGAAUAACAAUUACUAGAAACAGUUGUUUGUAAUACCAGAUAAAUCAGUGUAGAAGAAAUUCAUUCACGCUUUCACUAUAAUAUUAUUAAAAAUAUUAAUUAAAAUUCAAAAAAUAGUUUGUGAAGUUCAUUUUGCAUUUGGUAUUGAAAACAUUAUAAUAUAUUAGGAAUACCGAACACAUAAGGCGCAAUAAUGAAUGUUGAAACAAUUAUGACAGCCACAACGGACGCAGAGGCAGCCAAACGCAGAUUGGCUUUUCAGAAAAGCUUCAGUCAAGAGCAUGGAGGAGCCUGGCGACGCAAAAGCCUCAUUGAAGAUGCCAAGUUCGAAACAGCAGCCAAUAUUGAGUUUGAACGGCAGGAAAGGAAGAGCAGGACUGGGUCUAUAAGCGAGGAGGAAGAGGUCUUCCUGACCGCGCAGAACGGUGACGUCAUUGCUCCCAUGGACAAGGAUGCCAUCAAGCGACAGUUUACAGUCAUGAUAGCGCUGAAGGACGGCAUGGGGUCGCUGUCCAGGGUGGUCCGAGCAUUUGAGACAUCCAAGGUGUCUAUUGACCACAUUGAGUCCCGCCAAAGCAGGCGAGUGGGCAGCAAACAUGAAGUGCUGGUGGAGUGCAACGGCGCUAAGGACACCGUCACCGCCGUCAUGAACACCAUACGUCAGAACAACGUCGUAUCCGACGUCUGGUGCCAGAGCGAGCGCCUCAUCUCCAGGCAUGAGGUCUGGUUUCCGCGUCACAUUUCUGAGCUCGACAACUGCACGCAUGUAAUCACCAAGUUCGAGCCUGAACUGGACUGUGACCAUCCGGGAUUCACGGACAAGGACUACCGACACCGACGAAAACAGAUCGCCGACGUUGCUUUCGAAUACAGAUAUGGUCAGACGAUCCCCCGAGUUCAGUAUGCUGAGUCCGAGACGAAAGCUUGGACACACAUCUAUGAGCGUCUGAAGACCCUGAUGCCGAAGUACGCAUGUCAGGAAUACCUGACAGCGUUCCAACUGCUGGAAAAGGAGGGACUAUACACUGCACAUAAUAUUCCACAACUGGAGGACGUUUCUAACUUCCUUAAGAGACGGACGGGGUUCCAGCUACGUCCGGUGUCUGGCCUGCUGUCCGCACGGGACUUCCUGGCCAGUCUCGCAUUCCGGACGUUCCAGUGUACCCAGUACGUCCGCCACCCCUCCAAACCGGACCAUUCACCGGAACCAGACUGUAUUCACGAGCUUUUGGGUCACGUGCCUAUGCUGGCGGACCCCAUGGUGGCCCAGUUUUCGCAGAAUCUCGGGCUCGCAAGUCUCGGGGCGUCGGACGCCGACAUCGAAAAGUUGGCGACGCUGUACUGGUUCACGGUCGAGUUUGGAAUAUGCAAGCAGAAGGGCGAACUGAAGGCCUAUGGCGCCGGCAUUUUGUCCUCAUACGGGGAGUUGGCGCAUGCGCUCUCAGACAAGCCGGAAAAGCGCCCGUUCGACCCAGACAAGACGGCCGUUCAAGCGUACACGGACGAAGACUUGCAGCCGUUGUAUUUCGUUGCGGAGUCUUUUGAAGACAUGAUGAAAAAAAUGAAGGCGUAUGCGUCUCGGAUCCGGCGCCCGUACGAGGUGAGGUACGACCCGUUCACCAGCUCCGUGGUGGUGCUGGACGACAAGCUGGCCAUGAAGAAACUCACAGAGAAUAUAACCCUGGACGUCGAACAGCUGAACCGAGCCAUGGCCGCGAUAUAGACCUUAAUGUUUUAACGGAGCCAUGGCCGCGAUAUAGACCUUAAUGUUUUAACGGAGCCAUGGCCGCGAUAUAGACUGAACUAUUUCAUCGAGCCAUUGUCACAAUAUAGACUUACAAGUAAAUAUUUUACCAGAGCCAUGGCCGCAAUAUUAACUUAAAUAUUUUAUCCGAAACACGGUCAAAAUAAGGAUUUAUAUGUUUAAACCGAUAAAUAUCCGAAAAAUGGAGUGAAUUGUUUUGACCUCACCAUGGCCGUAAUAAAGACUUAACUGUUUUAGGUGGACCAUGGUCGAAAUGAG